AUGGGUGUUUUAUUUUGUUUUGGUCUAUGUUUAGGUCUCUCUCUAUUGGAUUACCAAAAAAAAAACCAAGCUCACAUUGGUGGCAGCAGCAGCAGCAGUAUUACCUACUACAGUUCUGCUGAUUCAUAUCAAUGUGUUCGAUCUAAUUCAUACUCUUCAUACACUACACAAUCGAUUGCUUCAAAUACAUCGACAUUGAAAUCACCAUCUUCAACAACAUCAACAACAUCAUCAUCAUCUAUAAAUAACAAUAAGAAGAAAAGAGGAGGAAUCAACAUCAAUAGUCAGAAUAAUCAGAAUAAUCAGAAUAAUCAGAAUAUAAAUAAACUUACAAUAUCACAAAAGCAUCUAACUGAUGCUACAAAGGAAGAGUUAUCAACAGACCCUUCACCAUCAAGCUUGGAUGAAAAGACUGGUGUAUCUUCACAUUAUGCUUAUCUAUCUGAUCAACAUUUCAGAGAUCUUUAUCUAUUUCAAGAUGGUAUAACUAUAAACGCUAAAAAAUUAUGUUUUGAUAUUGAUCAUAGUGGUAAUUUUCAAGGACCGACAGCUCUUAGAAGAUUGGGAAGAUGGAUUGGGUCGUUACCAUAUUUCGAUCAAUCAUGCUUUCUUUAUAUACUAAAGACGUUGGCGGACAAAAAAGCAUAUCAAUUCUUUCAAGAUUUGGAACGUGGAUUGUCUACGUUGGCACACUCAACGACACCAAAGAGACACUGA